GACAUGGUCCAGGCGGCAGGAUGUUACAGAGUCGAUCUAUGGCUGAGCUGUCGGACCGGGUGUGCUCAAUAAUUUCUCCGCGCACAUCCUCAUCUCUGCUUCUCGAUGUGGCCUUCAGCCACCUCUGCUCUCCGCGUCCUGCGCUUCCGCCCUCCCCCACCACCGCCUCCUAUCUCUCGCUCUUCUUGUUCUUCUUAUCCCAACCUUAUUACAACCUUAUUCCCGUCGACUCUUCCCUUGUAUCCUCGCCGCCUUCUUCGCAUGGCGAACCCUAAUCCCAAGCCCACCGCUCCCAAUCUCUCCUCGUCCUCCAAACCCUUCUCUGCUGCCUCCAUCUCCGCUUCCUCGACCUCCAGAAGAAGCGGGAGAGGGAGAGGGAGAGGGAGGGAUUCCGGCUUCAGAGAGGACCGGCACCGCGGGAGAGGAGGUGGGGCGGAUGGGGAUAGCAAUCGCAUUGAUGCUCUUGGUCGGCUUAUGACACGGAUAUUGCGCCAUAUGGCUUCUGAGUUGAACCUGGAUAUAAGAAGUGAUGGGUAUGUCCGAGUCCGUGAUUUAUUAAAGUUGAACAUGACAACUUAUGCAAAAGUUCCAUUAAGAUCACAUACUAUUGAAGAAGUUAAAGAGGCAGUGAAGAGGGAUAAUAAGCAAAGAUUUAGCCUCUUGGAAGACAAUGGGGAGCUUUUGAUUCGUGCAAAUCAAGGCCACACAAUAGCGGAUAUGCUCAAAGUGUGGUUGUUCCAGCCUUGGAAGGCUGCCAGAUGGGUAUUGGCGUUGGAAGCCUGGUGGCUGAGCUUGUCCCAGUCGCCCAUGGUAUCAAGAUGGGAGUUGUGUGGCUGUCUGCCGCAACUGUUGUGGGAGUGUUGGGAUAAGGCUUGGACGAUGAAUAUCGCCUUGGUGGUUGAAUCUCACUCAGGGUGGAUCUUUCACCAAGGCUAUGGCUAUGGAGCUGUUGACAAAGGCCCAUCAUGCUGGAGUAGCAGUGCACUUGGAUCUCAUGAGUGCGCUCGGAUCUUACAAGCCUGCUCGUUUCCAGUAUCCAUGUUGGGUCACAAAAUACUACGGUGUGGCAGCCCUUUGUCUGUAGGAGUUUAUGGAUAGUUUGUUUUGGUUGCAGAUAUAUUGGCCCUGACCAUGUUGCCUGUCCUCUCCUGGGGGAUCAGGUUAGCAAGGUGAUUACUCCUAAGAAUAUCCAAUCAGAUGAUCAGAAUCUGGUGGGCUAUCCUCUGCUCCCACCAGUGUUGGCGACUGCAUUGUCAGGGCCAUGGUAAGAGACACUAGUCCAUCGGCCAUGGUUGCUGGCAAUGCCUAUCCAUGUGUGAUGAGCCAAGGGCUCACGAUGAAGAAGCGCUAGUUUGUUGGUAAGCUGGAGUCUGGGGAUGUGCAGGGGUCCUCACCAGCAAUUGGGGAGAACCCUAAUGGAAGUUGAGUGAGUCAUGCAUAAUGCGGCUGUAGAUAAAGUGCAGGCAGCCCUUCUUGGUUGCCCAUCCACCACUUUUGUUAAUUCAGAGUAGAUUGAAUGAUCUGCUGAUGACAUGCUUGCCCUUGCUUCCAGUCAGGUUCAUGGUUUUGUAUUGUGCAACAGAAUCCUGCUGACUAGAGAUUGUCGGUGUCCUAGGCUGAGCGGGCCCCUCAGGGCCCUCUUUGUAACCCUCUCCUCUACCUUGCUGCAGCCACCAGGUGUAUUCCACAGUGUGGACUUGUUGCAUUGAUGUUGUUGCAUGAUCACUGUUGGACAUUGCAUGGUUUUUGCAUGAGUUUGGUUUCUGUGUUUUUUGUGCAUUUUGGUUGGCUCAAUUGGCAUUUCAUGCCUUCUUUUGUUAGUCUAUGUAAUCUGGCUUUACAACCAUAGUAUAUGCUAAUCUCCAAUAUUGGCUGUUGAGUGGUAUCAUUUACUACUGUCACACAUAAAUAAAGCACAUAUUACUUACCAAAAGAAUUAUUUCACAUCCCCACUUAUCAUGGGUUCAAUUUUUCAAUUUCAAUCUACAUUGUCAUGCUAGUGAAACUAAGCAUUUGAUGCAAAGACUGCAAUGUAGGUGUGAAAUCAAGCCUAGCAUGUGGUUAUGAAUAUGUCUGAGGAAUAAGAUCAAAUAAUACAAGGCUGUUCAAUUGGCUACUUGCCAAUUGCAAUUCAUAGGCAACCCUUUGUUUAGCUUUGUUGCGUGUGAUAUGUAUUUGUACCAUAUGAGAGAGCAAACCAGAAAAGUCCAUUAUACAAUUUUCUUGAGUGAGUUAUAAAAAAGGAAAACUGUGAACUUUUGAUAGUUUUUAUUUCAAAGUGAAAGUUAGACUAAUUGUAAGAACAAAACUAUUAUGAUAGUUUAGGACCUAAGAACUUGCCAAAUUAGAAAGCUAAUAGUGAUAAUGCAAUUUGUGCACUGCACUUGGUAGUAAAAACUUAUAGUCUGGAUGCCUAGAUAUAAAUAUGAAAUCAUAUUGUAUCAAUAGCAGAUGGAGACCAAAAUAAGAUCCUCCCAGAGUUGUUGCUAUGAAAUUUUUUAAUGAGAGUGGUCCUCUUAUUGAAAUCUUUUAUAAAAAUGGAUAAAAUGAUAGACGAAGACAUGUCAGAUUGUUUAAGAAUGGUGUAGAUGAAGCGAUGAGCUUUUCAAAGACUGUUAUGUUACCAAUGCAUGCCUUAAGGGAAAAUUUGAUUUGCUAAUAAGCUCCAUAAAAUUGUGUUGAUUGUUUAAGAGUGGUGUAGAUGAAGUGGUGAGGUUUUCAAAGAGUGUUAUGUAACCAAUGCAUGCCUUAAGGGAAGAUUUGAUUUGCUAAAAAGCUCCAUAAAAUUGUGUUGUUAAGAAUGUUGGGCAAUAGAGUGGGCAGGAGAACAAGAUGAAUGUGAAAUGAUAGGUUUAAGAAUAAGUCUAAUAGAGGAGGCAUACAACAAGAUGGAUGUUGUUAAGAUGAAAAUGUUAUGUUGAACAAGUAGAUAGAGAAGGCAUGUAAGUUGCUCCAUUUGAGGACACAAUGCUGGAGAAGCCCUUGAGAUGGUUCAGUUAUGCACCCAAUGAAGAAUUCAGCAUUGUUGGUAAGGAGAGGUGAUCAAGUUAUUUCUGAAAGGUUAAUUAAAAGAGGGGAUUGCAUACGCUUACCUAUUACAUGGAUGGAAGUUGCAGAAAAAAAGAUUGUUUGGAAAAUAUUGCAGUAACAUUGGAGGUAGUCUCUAUUGGAUGAUGGACUUAUAUAGUAAGUAAGUGAUUGAUAAUCAAUUGUUAAAAUAUUUUCUACUUGCAUAGUGUAUUCUAAGAUUUUAUUUUUAUAUUUUUAUUUUUAUUUUUUGGUGAACCUACUGCUUUAGGAUUAUUUUAUUGUAAAACCUGUCCAACGCCUACGCCUACUCAUGCAUCAGUUGCUUAUACUUUUUAUAGUGCUCUUUUUUUUUUUGCAGUUAUUCUUAAUAUAUUUUGAUCAGUGAUUUGCAUUCCC